CCUGCUAGCCGUCCGUCGCUGUGUGUUGUUGUCGAAGCAAUGAUGGCGGCAGCGGGAUGCGGAUCAGCAACCGCGGCUGCCGGAGGAGGCCAAGGUGGAGCCGCUGCGGCCAGAGGUCGUUUCCCCGGUCGGCCUUGGUCGUCUCGUAGUCGUUUGCGCUCAGAGAAGCGCUGGCAACUCGGGCGCUCGGGCUUAGAAGCUGAUGAUGUGACUUGCGGAGGGCCGAGGCCCACAAACCUGGUUGUAUCGCUAAACGAAGACCAGUCUCACUUGCGCUUACUUGGAAUAGAGGCGAGCCACAAGACCCUUGGCCAGGCUGGGUACAGCUCUAGUGGGAGUGAAGAGGUGAGGUCCCAAACCGACUCAGGAGACGAUGACUUCCAAGGUUUUGAAGCGCUUAGAAAAAGCUCCAAAGGAGCGCUAUGGUCUCGGAAAAACCCUUCCAAAGGUGAUGUUAACACAAAAUCCAAACGACGACGUGAGAAGGUAGUGUCAACUAUGCCAGCUGAGGAGGCAGCUAUUUGUCCACCACAUCCUCUUAAAAAUGAACAUUUGGUGGAGGAGAAGCACAUUGCGUCUUCCAAAUCAGAGCCUGCUAAAGGUUCCAGGAAACGUGCAAAAGUCAAGAACACGGCAGAUCAGGAGCUGACCAAAGGUGGAGCGUUGUCGCCAGCACCAAGGAUUACAAUAAAGUUGGUGGCGAAAAAGAAAGUUAAAACAGUAAAGGAAUCUCGUGAAAAGUCUCUCAAGAAGAUGAAGCUAAAAGGAAUUGAGGCGAAGCCCCAAGCCGAGAACAUUCAGGCUGAAAACGUUUCUACUGCUCAUGUUAAAUUAAAACCUGAACCACCUAAGGAGGUUGCAGAUGAUAAAGAACUAGGGACUUUACCUGCAAGAAGACGUGGACGAUCUGCUUCAAAAGGGACGGUACCAACUGACAAGGUAUGUGCCAAAGUUGUGGCUGAUGACCAGAAAUCGCAAGAGAGAGAAUCAGUGGUUCAACCUGACAUAGUGAAAGAGACUGUUGAGUCAAAAACAAACACAAAGAAGCCGAAGCGUAAUCAACAAGCCAUUCGGCGGAGUAACAGAGUCACCAACCCGCUCUCACAACCUUUCUUGGACGCUGCAGCUGAACCAGAAACUCUAAUGAAAAGUGAUACAAUUGUUACAAAGGCAAAAGUGUCCAGAAAAGCUGAGUCAAAAGUUUCUUUGAGGAGGGGCAGACAGAGGAAAAGUAAAAGGCUUAACAAGAAUGUUCCACUUCCAGAAAACCACAGUCCAUCCUCCACAGUAACUGAUCCUUUAGCCGUGCAACCCAGUGAUGGGUCACUUUCGAACAAACAGGCAAGGGUCCCAAGCUUGAAGUUGAUAAAAACGAGGAAUCCCAAAUAUGAUGCGCAGUCCAGCGGAAAGUCAAUGCGAAAAAAGAAGCGGAAAAAAUUUAUCUGGACUUUAUCAUUAGUUAAGUUUGUGAGUCCGAUCCAGCCUGCUGAAAACAUUGUCAAGCUUACAGAGAGCGCAUCUGAAGCGGACCCGUCCACUCUAAGUGACAGUAAUGUCGACAAGGGUCUGACGGGGGUCGAGAAGCAGUUAGAACUGGACAACUCAGUCCCACAGGAGAGCACCCUGACAGACAGUGAAACAAAAAACUGCCUAAAUGGAACAUGCGAGAAAAUUUCUGCUUUACAAGUGGAAGUUAUACAGGAUGGAAAUGAAAGCUCUCCCCAAGAAGCCACUCAGCUGGAUUGUGGGAAAGUUGUCCCACCUUUUCAAAUAAAAAAGCUCUCCUCUCCCGGUAGGCAUAAAAAAUCCAAGACGUCCUUUUUGGUUCAGCAGGUUAGUCCUGUUUCUGAAAAGAAAGACAAUGCUACUAAAGAGGUAGACAAAGUUCAAGAAGAUAAAGCCCCUUCUCCAGAGCCGGACGUCCUCCCAACCAGGAGACUACGCAGAAGAAUAUUAACCCUUGAUUCGCCUCCCAAAAAGUCAGUCAUUCGUAAACUGGUGACGACGACGCCGAAGCGACGGUUGAGAACGAGUCCACAAGUUGAAAAUACACCACAGGUGGAUGUUGAAGCACCUGCUCAGGUUUUAACAGAAGAGUCCAACUCACAAGUUCUCCCUGAAAACUCCUCGCAUGAAAUGAGUAAAACAUCCUCACAGCAGUCUAGCAUUGUUUCUGAUCCUCUCGAAAAGGAUUCCUCACAGAUAACUGAUGCUCCUGUAGUGGUGCCUGUUGAAGCUUCGCCACAGAAGACAGAGAAUGAGGCCGAACCACAAAUUAAUGAGGCCAAACCAUUGCCAGUGCCUUCUAAACCCAAGAGACGUCACAAUAAUAAAUUAGGGAAAAAGCGGUCUGCUCCAAGGAAGAAGGCAGUUGUACCUAAAGAAAGUGCGGUCAGUACAGAAUUAAUCACUGUUGACUCUGCAAAUACAGAGUCUCUACAAAAGGAAGACCAGGCUCUAGUAACAGAAGCAAGUCAGCCUGAGGCAAAAGAAAGUGUGGAGCCUGAGGAAAAGCAGGUGACUGUAUCCGUAGAGGAAGAGCCGAGGCAGCUACCAGUAAAAGAGGAAACAGACAUCCACUUGAUAGAUUGUCAGCCACUAUUGGCUUUGGAAAGUCAAGCAAAUGAUCCAAACACAUUAUGCUUGCAGAAGAAAUCCCACAAGAAAGGAAAAAAGAGGCGUAAAACUCUAAUUGGGCAGCGUCAGAAGCACAGACACAGGAACACGGAUGGAAAGUUUGCUCCUCUUAACUCACCAGAAAGCCAGGAAACAUUUGAAAAGGAUAUACCGAUCUCAUCAGAUGAUACCACCCUAGCCCUUGGUCCUAAACUUGUUGGUGUGCAUAAAAAGUACAAAAAGAGACGACCUGCCAUUCCAUUUGACUCAAAAAGGCCACAGCCAGAGUCUAUCCUUUCUACACUGAUAGAAAUUGGGCUUGACAAAGAGGACACUGAUUUGAAAGAGGAAGAAACCGACUCAUUCGUGGAUGGGCCGAGACCAGAUGCUGUCGACGUGCCGCCUGGCAAAACAAAGUUUGUCAAAAACAUCAAACACUUCAUAAUGCCUGUUGUAAGUGCAAGAUCCUCUCGAGUGAUUAAGACCCCACAAAGAUUUAUGGAUGAUGUUGGAAUGUCCAUGCUGCCGCGUAGAAACUCCCCCAAAAAAGGUUUGCAACUGGGCUUGCAAAUACGCACUGGAAAGAGACGAGAUGAAGGGACGGGACAAGCCACUUCCCCCAUCCUACCGCUCGGACAGGAGGACAUAUUGAGAGAAGCCCAGCUGGAUCUGGACCUGCUUUCAGCGGAUGAUCUGGAUGACACAGCCGAUAUAACUGACAGUCUGUUUUCUGAGGAAAAAAGUGACAAAAUGGAAAAGAAAAGCGCUGUUUUGAAGGACUCACCUUUGAAGUGGGAUCUACCUGCAGAGUUGACGGAGGACAUUUUUACACCGGACAAAACUCCACAGGACCAAUGUGAGAAUCUGUUUUUAUGUCCCCCAGCUGAUAAACACAGAGAAGUCUUUUCUGCUGGCCUUUUGGAUGCUCAGAAAAAGAACCCCCCGCUAAAGUUUAAUAAGCAAACGGCUCACUUUAAGAUUUAUCAAAGACUAAACAAGUUGCACAAAGGACUUCCCCAAAGCAAAAGUGCAACAGAUGUGGAAAGUAGCAAAGCUCUUCAGUUGCCUGUUGAUUUAGCUGAAGGGCUUGACGAUGAGGCCAUGAGCAUUAGCCUGAGGCAGCGCAACACUGACACUGUGAAGGAAAAAUCCAAGCUGAAGAUAGAAGACCUAGGCGCACCAGGAGUUGUGAGAAAAGUUUGUAUUAAAGCUACAAAGUCCAUGUCGCUUGCUGAUCGGGACAGUGAAAAAGAGGAUUCAGCAGGGAAGGACGGCGUCAAGCUUCAGUCAGCGGAGCUGCCGUUAAUAAAGGAUUCAGCUGCAUGUGAAGACAACCAUCCUGCAUCUGUGGGGAAAGGAGCCUCGCAGAGAGCACGUCUUACUGGCGCGAAUAAACGAAUGUUCAACCUCCUCAGAAAAGCCAAAGUUCAGCUCAUGAAGAUUGACCAGCAGAAACAGAUGAAGUCAUCAGGGCUAUUAUCUGGGCCUGCUGGCGUCCGAUCGAGAAACUUGACAUCUAAGAGACAAAGGAGGAAGCAGAGGGUGCAGCUUGAGACCGAUGUUCCAAUCAAGACAGAGCCACCUCAAGGACAACCGCAGCUCAUCUCGCCGCUGUGCCAAGAGUUCCGUCAAGCAGGAGGUCCACGCAUCAAGCAUGUGUGUCGUGCCGCUUCCGUGGUGCUUGGACAGCCUCGGGCCUUGGUACCAGAUGACAUUCCCAGGCUCAGCGCUCUCCCUCUGCAUGAAAGAACCGGCAUCUCUCCCUCAGCUGUCGCUAAGGAUGUUGCAGAUGGCUCACUAUCAGAAUCAGACAGUCCGGAUUUCUCAGACUCAAAAGUCACUAAGGUCAAGAAGACCUCCAACUUUGUAAAACGAAAAGGACUCGGGCCUUUUGGGUACCGCUCUCGCAGAUGUGGUGUAUGCAAGGGUUGCAACCACGAAGAGGAUUGUGGGACCUGCAUCAACUGCCUUGACAAACCCAAGUUUGGUGGUCCCAACACCAAACGACAGUGUUGUGUGUACAAAAGAUGUGAUCAAAUUGAAGAGAGGAAAGCCCGCAGACUAAGUGGAAGAACGGCACCCAAAGGUUCAAAACGACGGCGAUCCUCUUUCAGUGGCGGGCAUUCAAGUAAUGAUGACGAGUUGGAGGGUUUGGCAGACUCGCCUUCUGGCCUUCAGCCUGACAGUAACAGUCCGUCUGUAAGGAAGCAGCCAAAGCGUGUUGUAAAACCGCGUGUCUACUUUGACCUGGUGGACUAUGAUUCAGAUCUGGAUGAAAAGGACUUCAGCUCAGCCUCACCAGCAAGAAGGAGAGGCAAUGGGCAUCGUUUGAGUCCGGACUUUGUUUCACUGGAUGGAUUCCUUGGCGAUAUAUCAGAUGAAGAGAUCCGGCAUCGGAAAUCUAGCUCACAUCGUGUGCCAUCUGUUCGACGCAAACCUGAGAAGGGUUUGUCAUCACAGGCUCCCUUUGAAGAGACGCCUCCAAGUGUCCUGGCUGCCCUAGCUAAUGGAUUUGAGCAGAGGGAAGUUGAGUCUUCGAAACCCACCCAUAAAAUCCGGGUCGACUUCAAGGAGGACUGUACUUUGGAGAAUGUUUGGAACAUGGGUGGUUUAAGUAUACUGACCUCUGCACCAAACAUGCCACCACAUGUGUGCCUCCUUUGUGCCAGUAAAGGGCAACGUGAGAUGUUGCAUUGCCAAGUGUGCUGUGAGCCCUUCCACUGGUUUUGCCUUAAAGAGGCUGAGCGCCCCUCAGUGGAAAACAAGGAAAACUGGUGUUGUCGUCUCUGCAAGUUUUGCCAUGUGUGUGGCAGAAAAAAUAAGCAAUCAAAGCCCUUGUUGGAGUGCGAAAGAUGUCAGAACUGCUAUCAUGCUUCCUGUCUCGGACCAAAUUAUCCAAAACAAAACAAGAAGAGGAAAGCCUGGGUUUGUAUGACAUGCAUCAGGUGUAAGAGUUGUGGGGUCACACCUGGAAAGAGCUGGGACAUUGACUGGAACCACGAUAAAGGACUCUGUCCUGACUGUUCACAACUUUAUGAACAGGGUAAUUAUUGCCCAAUCUGCUUUAAGUGCUAUGAGGACAAUGAUUACGACAGUCAGAUGAUGCAGUGUGGCACAUGUAACCACUGGGUACAUGCCAAGUGUGAGGACCUAACAGAUGAACUGUAUGAGAUCCUGUCCAGCUUACCAGAGAGUGUGGUGUAUUCGUGUCGGCCAUGCAGUGUGACUCAGCCCAGUGCCUGGAGAGAACUGCUCUACAUCGAGCUCCGAUCUGGAGUAGAGAAGGUUCUAGCCUGCUUGCUGUCUUCCACCCUCACACAGCACCUUGUUACCUGCUCCCAGUGUGAAAAGUUAGUUGGACCUGACAGUGGAAUCGAAGGACAACCCGCCUGUGACCUCCGAGCUGUGGGCAAGAAGUUUGACAAGGGCCUUUAUACGACGUUGAAAAUGUUCCAUGAAGAUGUUGUCCAGGUGGUGAAAAAGAGGCUUGAACAAGAAGAAAACCUUCCAGAAGAGCAAAGACCCACUGCCCUAGCACGCUCGUACUAUUUAAAGCUACUGGAGGAGGUCUUCAAUUGGUUCAACGGUCAAGACCCAAAAGUGUGGAACUCGUGUACAAAAACUUUGCCCAUGGGGAUGCUUCCACAUGCUGUUCAUCCUCCUUCCACGGAGCAUGUCUAUGCCCAGUGGCAGGAGAGGGCGGAGCUACUAUCCAGAAAUCCUUUGGAACUAUUGCUGGAUGACAAUGGACAAAGUUUAGAUGAAAGAAAAGAUGAGGUGGCUCCUCCAAUGUCUGCACAGCAUACAAGCUGGAACCACUUCCAAGCCAGCAGUGCCUUCCGGCAUAAGUCUAAAGGAAAAAGGGGACGGCUUUCAAAAGCGGAUCUGGACACAGGCUGGUCAAAGGAUGAUGAGAGACAGUGCGCGUUGUGCCAAAAAUAUGGAGACCGUAAACCCAAUGAUGCCGGCAGGUUGUUGUAUCUGGGCCAGAAUGAGUGGGCGCAUGUCAACUGCUGUCUGUGGUCAGCGGAGGUGUUUGAAGAGGAAAAUGGCUCUUUACUACAUGUACACAGUGCUGUCACAAGGGGUCGCUUGAUGCGGUGUGAACGGUGCAACCAGACAGGCGCCACAGUUGGGUGCUGCCUGACUUCUUGUCAGAGCAACUAUCACUUUAUGUGUGCCCGCUCCCGUCACUGUGUAUUCCAGGAUGACAAGAAGGUCUACUGCCACAAACACAAGCAUCUGCUCAGUGGAAAGGUGAUAACCGGUCAGGAUUUUGAAGUAAACCGACGGGUUUAUGUGGAUUUUGAAGGCAUCAGCCUCCGCCGAAAGUUCUUGACUGGACUGGAGCCAGAGUUUAUCAAUGUCAUGAUUGGUUCUUUACAGAUUGAUAAACUUGGUGUCCUGUCAGAAUUUUCUGCAAACAAAGGAAAGUUGUUUCCUGUGGGAUUUCAGUGUUCUCGCUGGUACUGGAGCACUUUCAAUCCACUGCAAAAAUGCAAAUACACAUGCACAGUCCGGGAGGUCCAACCUUUAAUACCAGAGAAACCCAUUGAGGAGAUGCCUGACCAAGGAGACAAUCACACCAUUGAGCACAACCCCUGUCCAUUACUGGAAUCUAAGACCCAAGAGACCGAUUUAUCAGAAUCACAGCUCCAACCUGAGGAACCUAUUGUUACAGUUCAAUCUACAAAACCAGAUCAUGGAGUAAAGCCAAAGAUUCCCAGCUAUCCACAAACCAGGAGACCAGCUGGAGGAAUGUCUCGACCUUUACCAUCCCCAGGAGCAAUACCAAUAAAACCUCACCACAUACUAACAGUAAGUGAUCUGGAGGAGACCCGAAGGGCUCGACGCCACAACCCCCACUCAAAGACAACAGGCAUACGCAGUAACAUGUCUCCUGCUCCUCUGGGACCCCCAACUGGACCAGUCACUCUUCGUGCAGGGAAAUCUUCUCUUCCAACUUCCCCGCUGUUCUCAAGUGCUACUUCAGACAACCUGAUCAAUUCUUCAUCAGCCCGCCCAAUUGGGGGCAGAAGUGCUUCCUCAGUCCGUUGCCCUGGAAACGUGAAGACCCAUUGUGCCUCAUCUUUCUUUCCUCAGUCUCCCUGGCAGGACAGUGCAGCAACAUUUGCACCUCCAAGCCUGUCUUUCUCUCCAUCCCUACAUAAUUUACCCAGAACUCGUUUAUCGUUUGAUCUGAGUCAAUCAGAUUCUGUUGAAGUGCCGCACAAUUUCUUGGCAUCACCAGAGCCGGAAGACGUCUCUCCAGCUAAUGGCACUUCACCUCAGAGGGACUUGGACGAACAGAAAGAUGAAGACCAAUUUACCUUUACUUCAUAUCACAAGGAUCCCAACAUGACUCUGGGACAGGAGAUGAGGACAGAAUUGGAGAUUGAAGAGACAAUCCUGAAUGAAGUUGUGGCUAUGAACUGUGGUGGACAAAUAGUGGUGGAAGGGGAUGAUCAGGAUGAAUUUUGGGGUCGAGCCCAAGAAGUACAGAAAAGAAAAUCCCUUGUUGCCAGUCUGCCGCGGUCGGCAGCCUCAGGAAGAAAUGACUUGGACAACACCUCCUCUGAUGACGAUAUGGAACAUUACUUUGACUUCUCUCGGACUAUUGUUAGCUGUCCUGGGUCUAAAGAUCAUUCCAGGUCACCCACAUCUGCUUCCUCCCGGAACAUGGCUCAACUGGAUGGUGUAGAUGAUGGAACAGAGAGUGAUGAACCUCAAAAAGUUGGUGAUUCUGGUAAAAAGAUCCCAACCAAGAACCUAACUAACAGUGACGUCCCUGAAUCAGAAACAUUUACUAGCACCAAUAGAAUUCUGAAUCAGAACCUCAAAUUCCCAUCCAGUUACAAGCACAAAGAUUCUUCAUCUCUGACUAUCUCAUCUGCAGUCAGUAACCCCAUGGAAACAUUUCAAAAUCCUCCAGGAACUUCAAAAGAGAUCAGCAUUGGGUUGCUCUCACCACAAAUGCCUGUGGCCUCUACUCACAAUGUGGAAAAUGCUGACAGAAAGCAGGAAAGUGUGCUUCCUACCCUUGAGGGGGUCCCUAAUUCACUGACAAAGGUGCCUGAGAGCUCCUAUUCGGAGCAGUUUCUAAAGAGUUCAUGUGUAGAGUUGGCCUCUGGAAUACCUGCUGCUGUUGAGCUACAUGACUGUACUCCCCAUUCAGGAGAGAUGGUUCCUGUAUCAGAAUGCACACAACCAGAAAGUAAACGGGCUGAACUGUCUCAACCCCUGAAGUCAAAAUCUGGUAGCAGCCACGUUGUGCCAUCAGCUGAAGGCUCUGCUGUGUUAGGGAACCACAUACCGGGCAACUCCGUGGCAAAUUCCACUGACAAUGCCCAGUGUGCCCAAAAAUCGACAUAUGUGCAAUGUCCUUCUCAAGGACUUUCAGACUCUCUUCAGAUGUACUCCAGUUUGCGAGCUUUCACGCAGCCUUCUCUCACAAGUAUCACACUACAGCCAGUGAAUUCAUCACAAGAUUCAACUUUUGAUCAAAGGGACGCCUUAUUUAACAAAUUAACCACCUUAACUCCUGUUCGAGACCCAACACAGACUCUGCAAAAUUUUGCACCCCAAAACAAACCCUUAUCAGGGACAUGUGUCCAAGCAGAAACCUCUGGUAGCAUCUCGGUAGCCAUGCAAUCCACACAGGCACAGCCUUUGGGUUCGACAGCUGUCACCAUUGUUUCUUCCUCUACUUCAAUAUCUUCUCUUCCUGGAGUUAGUGCACCUGCUCCAACAUCAUUCCAAACCACCUCAUCCCCUGUGAUUUUAAAUGGGUACAAUUCUGCCUCACCUGGUCACACAAUCUCGAUAAACUUUUCUACACCAAGGCCUGCUUUAGAACCUCAGCAACCAGUGGUAUCCCCAGCUCUGCCUGGUCAUGCCAUUCUGACUGUGAAGGAAGUUGGAGGUCCAAAUGUGGACUCUACGCCUCAUGUCCUGUUGGUGAACCGUCUUGGGCAGAUUUUUGUCAAGAACCCAGACAGCAACACAUUCCAGCUGCCAAAUCCUAAUGCUCCAUCCUUUAACUGUGUCACGCAGAUCGCCAGUCUUUUGCAAAGCAAUGCACUGUCCGCCACCCUAGCAGCAGCUGGAAACAUGUGUACUGCACCUCCCGGGACAAGCAUAAUGUCCACCGCUUCCACGACGGCCACUAUUGCAGAGCAGAUUCCUACCACAGUUACACAGUUGCUCACUCACAAUAGCAAUGGGGCAUUGUCAUCAAUUAAUGUAAAAAAGUCAAAAAAGAAUACAAAAAAACCCAAAGAUGAAGCUGGCUCCGAAAAGAAAAAGACUAAGAAAAAGAAAGAGUCCAGUGCAUCAAAAAAAUCUAAGUCCCCCAAGAUAGUGGCGCAGUCUACUUUGUCAAAAAAGGGUUCGGACAUAUCUCCUGCGGAGAGUGCCGAAGCAAUUAUCAACCAAGCGAUGGCAAGCAACUACACCCCUAAGUGGAGCGGACUUCGUACACUAACCCCUUCGUCACUGGUUUUGCCCCCUGGCCUACUCAUUGAGCCUGAACCCCCAGCACCGUGCCCCAAAACAGCACCUAGUCCUGCAUGCCGCCCUCGCACACACGUCCGCAUGAAGAGAGUGUCGUCGCUUUCUGACCGUAUUGUCACAAAGAAGUCUAAAGUGGAUUUCCUAGCUUCUGAACCUACCAGCGAGGACGAGUGCAACCGGCCAAGUGUACCAAGUGUCUCCUGCAGGGCAUCUGGAGUUCGCAUCAAAACUCCGACUGUGAAAGGAAUACUAAACCUGGAUGAGUUAAAACAGGAGCGUCAAAGUGAUUCUGAAAGCUCCGGGUGUGAACCUUGGGACUAUAUGUCUCGAGGUGAAUACGGCAAGCAGCAAACUUUGGAGCCAGUCGGUCACAGCACCUUUAUUGACUGGAAGAAAUACUCUGGCGCUGGUUCUGCCUCAGAUGACGACUCGCCACUGUGCGAUGAAGACGAGGAGUGUUUGCCAAACAAAGAUCAGCCACACUUGCGAUUCCACAUAAGCAGUGAUGAUGGCUUCAGUGUGGAGGCAGACACUAUUGAGGUGGCUUGGAAAGCGGUGAUAGACGGUGUGCAGGAGGCACGAGCGAUCGCAAAGUUGAGACCUCUGGCUUUCCAGAGGAUCACUGGUGCCCGAAUGCUCGGUCUGCUCCACGACGCUGUGGUCUUCUUGCUGGAACAACUUCAAGGAGCACACCGCUGCCAACAUCACGCAUUCCGUUUCUUCAAACAGUUCAGCCAGGAAGAUGAUCUGCCUGUCAAUCCCACUGGCUGUGCCCGCUCUGAACUCUACCUUAGGAAGUCCACGUUUGACAUGUUCAACUUCCUGGCAUCUCAGCAUAGGCAGCUUCCUGACAUUGGGUCUUAUGACGAUGAAGAAGAUGAUGUUCUUUUGAAGUCCACAAGACGGGCCACUAGUUUGGAAUUGCCGAUGGCCAUGCGCUUCAGACAUUUGGAAAGAACAUCAAAAGAGGCUGUCGGCGUGUACAGGUCUGCAAUCCAUGGGCGUGGACUCUUCUGCAAGAGAAAUAUCGACGCAGGCGAGAUGGUCAUCGAGUAUGCUGGCAUUGUCAUUCGCUCGGUGCUCACUGAUAAAAGGGAGAAGUACUAUGAUGGCAAGGGUAUUGGCUGUUACAUGUUCCGUAUCGAUGAUUUUGAUGUGGUGGAUGCGACCAUGCACGGCAACGCGGCCAGAUUCAUCAACCACUCAUGUGAGCCCAACUGCUACUCGCGAGUGAUCAAUGUGGAGGGCCGCAAGCACAUAGUCAUCUUUGCUUUGAGGAAGAUCUACAGGGGAGAGGAGCUGACCUAUGACUACAAGUUCCCUAUUGAGGACGCCAGCAACAAGCUCAACUGUAACUGCGGCGCCCGGCGCUGUCGACGUUUCCUCAACUGAGAGAUCGGUCGUUGUUUGAAACGGAGAGAUUCUUGUUUACUCGAAAGCCUUAAAUUAAGGUGGCACUGGAUGGAGCUCCCGACAUGUUGAAGGCACUCAGCUACUUUUGAGACAAGUUGACAUUGUUCCGUGUGCAUGGAUCGGAGGAGCAGAAGAGGAGGUUGUCCUACACUGAUGCGUGUUAGAACGGUACCCUUGGCUGCCUGUGACGACGUCUCACGUUUUGAUUAUUUAUAAUAUGGUUGGGGCCACAUUUCUUGGAUACACACAUCAAGCCUUAUUUGUUGAAAAUCAAUGCUGAAAAGCUACUGCUUGGCUUUCAGAGAUACCUUAGGUUUUGGUCUUUUUCCGGAGGAGAGGAGUUGUCUUUCUGUAGUACAUUCGUAAUCAUCUUUGCUCCAUCUGGUAGUUGAAGGGAACAUUAAUGCCCUGUCUGUGUUGUAGUGAGGUCAGUUCUUCAGCCAUACAUUUCACCCGAACCUUAUUUUACUUUUUGACACGUUUCGUUUUGUGGACAUGUUUUAUUGCUUUUUUCCCCCCUUCCAGAUGACAACCAUGGUGCUAAGCAUUGAAAGGUAUUCUCAGGACUGAGAUGUCCUGCAGUUAAUACUUGGUUUAGCUGGGUGUUCACCCUUUUCAGAACACAUAUUUUAAAUAAAUGCUCUCUGGCAGUACUUAACAACAUUGGAUAACUCAUCAUCUUCUCUGUCCAUUUUUAGAGAUAAACAUUUCAGUGAAAUUAAUAGGCUUCUUUGAUGUACAGUGUAUGUAGCAAACACUAUCCAAACCAAAACGUUUUAGAAAGUUAUUUAUUCGGCUCUACUCGUUAGCUAUUCCAGCAAGACUGCCCCACAGUUGCACAUAAACGGCCGCACGAAUUCCCAUUUUGCGAAACCCGCUACUGUUUAUCUGUAAAUCGGGGAGAGAGUGCUGGUGUGAAUUGCCACAGAGUGUGUGCGUUCAGCUCCUGCAACAGGCUUUUUGUGAACAUGGUGCACAUACUUUGCAUCGCAACAAGCCAUUGAUGUGGAAAACAGAGCCGGGGAGAAUGCACUCAGCACCUAAUUUUAGGUAAUAAGGAAAUGUUGUUCUUAGUGAUGUUCAGUACUGUCUUUUAAUGAGCGUAAUUGAAUUCACACUGUUUGAAAUUAGUCGUGAUAUUUAUUCGCAUUUUUGAUUUUUACUUUUAAUGCUGAAAGGUUGUUUUGUAUAAAUGGUGGUGGGUGUACAGCUCCAUUUUUAGUACCCGUUUUGUUUACAAGUGUUGUCCUUUGUUUUAAUUUACUUGAAUUUUCUGUUGAGGCAAUCGAGUCAUACAUUUAUGGCCUUAUUUUUGAAAAAUUUUGAACCAGGUAUUUUAAAGAAUAUCUUAAUUUUAUUUCUUUUUUUUUGUUGUUGUUGUGACAAAUAACUGACAGUCUUGGAGAUUGCCACAGAAGUAAAUUGAGCACUGUUUGCCUCCUUAAACCCAUGCUCCCCAAUUCCACCCCCCACCCCCCAAAGGUUUUUGAGCAGAAUUUCAAUGUUUGUGUCAACAUCUGUGUCCAUUCUGCAUGUCCAAUCACUGAGAUGGAGCCCAGAUUUAGUGUCAAUCACCUAGCUAAAAAAAAAAAAACGGAACAGAGUCACUCACAACUCAUUGCAAGGAUUCUACCUCAGCUGUCAUGACAGAUGUUUGGGAAUACUGAUGCAAAAAUGGAGGAUAACUCUGUUUUAAUGUCUGCAGAGCUGGUGUGUGCUUGUCAGCACUUGACUUUGUGUCAUUUUAGGUGUGUGUGUUUGUGUUUUCAAUGAAGGAUGCAAAAUUGUAAUCAAACCUGAAAAAAAAGAAAAAAAGAUCAAGACCAUCUUGCCCAGAAUCUGUUAAGAAAGCUAUAUGUUAUAUAUACACACACACAAAUAUAUAAAUAUAUAAAUAUAUAUAGUAGGGUUAUUUUAAAGUAAGUGUAAAAGACAAAUGAGGAAAAUUGUGAUCUUUAAAUUUAUGUCUUUGUUACCAUGUACAAAUAAACCCUGAGUUUGUAAAUAUUUGUACACGUAUUUCUAAACCUGUUUAAUUUUUCUAUGCACUUUUUUAAUUUAUAUUAUUUGUUUAAAUAAAGAUGUUAAGAUGUUUCAAUAAA